GUACAUUGAACAUCAUAACUUUUCCGUUUCUCUACUCCGACUGAGAGUAUGGGAAAGUUCUUCUGUGGUUUUAUGAAAUUUGUUUACAGCAGUUCGAAAUAGGACUGACCAUCUUACAGACGAGUGAGAAAUGGCGCUACAAUGCAAUGGUGUCUGAAGGCGGUUUAUCGUCUGGUGGCGGAUCUAGUCUAGAAUCAUCUGACGACUCCGAUAUUCCGGAUUCUCGUUUGGAUAAUCUUGUUGACGAUAUAAUUGGUAAACUCUCACUAUACACAACCUGCGAACAGUCUGGGAUGACCAUAAAAAAUCGAAAAGAUAGACUUAAGUCUGAAAGAGACCCGCCAGGGACUUCUACGAAUAGUCGACAUAGUUUCGGCUAUAAGCCGUAUCCUUAUAGUGAAGAACGUAAAGAUAUUCUCUCUCAUCGUAACAGACACCGUUGUUCUCACCAUGAGCCCAACAUUAGUCAAGAUAUUGAAGCUCCCCACUCACCCUUGACCUACCCAUUCCCUAUUGAUGCAUCCAUUUUCCCUUCUCAUGGGGCCUUCACCCAUCCCCAACGUUUAGUAUCUCAACAGCAUGAGUCCCUUAACGCUGGCGAAUGCAGACCACAUGUACGGGAAAAUAAGUCAAACCAGGUAAUACCUCAACCCAAUGUGGUAGAUGACGGCUCUGGCAACAACAGUGAGGAUGAAUACUAUUUCGGGAAGCAAGGCCGAAGGGGUUCACCCACCCAACCUGCAGAUGAUUGUCUUGAACGAUUGUUAGCAGAAAAGAAAGGGUGGAAGUUAAUUAAGGUGGGAUCUGAUGGUGCUUGUUUGUUCCGUAGUGUUUCUCAUCAAAUAUUCGGUGAUGAAGAGAAGCACGAUCUAGUUCGUUCGCAGGUUAUAGAUUACAUGGUGAAAAACAAGGAGCACUUUUCACAGUAUUUGACAGAGGACUUCGAUCACUAUAUAUCACGCAAGAGAGAUGCUUCUUGUUACGGAAAUCAUGUGGAGAUCCAGGCUAUCGCAGAACUAUACAACAGACCUGUCGAAAUAUACCAUGGUUCAGUGGAACCCAUUAAUGUUUUCCAUGCUGACUAUUCUAAGGAGUUUCCUAUCAGACUAAGCUACCAUGGCCGUGUCCACUAUAAUUCAAUAGUAGAUCCUUUCAACCCUUCAUUUGGUCACGGUCUAGGGAUGCCUAACUACCAACCCAGUUUGGCUGAACCAGACCUUAUUGCUUGCGCAAUCAGAGAGUCUGAAAGUACCCACCUUGAAGAGGCUAUGCUACGUGAUAAAUUAGCGGAAACAGAACAGGAUGCAAUUAAUCGGUGUAUUGAAGACCAAGCUGUCAGGGAAUCUUAUUUCGAUUAUUUCAAUCAGAUCUCAGUACCGAAGGUAAGGGAUUCAGCUAACUCUCUUUCCACACUCGACCAUCUGGACCUACAUGGUGAUCAGCGGGAAGCAACAUUAACCUCCGGAUUCCCUACAGGUUUGGCAAGAAGUUUCGACGUGGCAUCUUCAUCAAAAGCCGCAGUUCCCGAUUCAAAACAGUACAGAAAUCCAGCAAAUGAACCGCUACCUAGUUCAUCUCAUUCUCAAACUGAUUUGGGUUCGCGUCAUAUCCCACCCAAUAUGCUAGGAAUGGAGGAAGAUGACUUGGUUGCUAUGGUCAUGGAACAGUCCAGACGUGAAUACCUUGAAAGUAUGCGUAAUAAACAAAAACCUCAUUUUACUGCCAGUCGCUUUUCACCAGAAUCAACUCCCUCAGACUUCAAUGAGUGUGAAUCUUUUCAGAAAAUUGACGAAGAAUCGCCUUCUGAAAUGUCGAAUAACAAACCAGACAAAACCCAUGAUAACCCUGCUAAUUUAAAUGACAGUUACUAGAUAGUUUUUCUCAAAAGUAAAUUGAAUGGUUGAUUCAGCAGCUAGGUGUGCCUUCCAGUUUUCAGUGAAUUCAAUGCCAUUAUUACUUGUGAUGUAUAGACGACUGUCUUUCUCUUGUUUACUUGAUCUUGACUUUAGCGAAUAGACUGCUCAAGCACCCAAUACACUGUACUUCCACUGCUGACUUAGGUUUAUUUGUACUAAAAAUCUGUCCCAAAAGUUGCUUCCGCAGCAUCACUGUACCUUGUAAUUAUAAACUUUCGUUUACGUUAAAACACUUGUGUUGAUUUUUGAUCUUCAUUCUUUCCAAAGCUUACUGCGAUAAAAUUGUUCAUUAUGCACCUUGAGGUUCUGCCAGAAUUUGUGGUGCAUCAUUAUACCAUAUUUUUGUCAGUUUGGUGAAGCUGGAUAUCUACAUCCCUAUUUAUUUAGCCAUCUAUUAGAUUGAAAAUGCUAAUGUAACAUUUUAGAAGGUGCCUCACUUUAUUUUUCGAAUAAUUUUGUGUUAAUAAGUUCUUAAGUUGCUCCUUUGCUUGUCAUCGAUAUAUUUCUUCUAUUCACAAACUGUAUAUAAUUUCAUUGAUGUAACUGAAACACUUUGUUCAGUUGGUAAUUUACUUUGUGUUAUUUUAUCUUAAUUUCUGGUUGUUCCAAUCCUACCAAGUCCUGAUUAACUGUCGAGUAGUUUUUGAAUAGAGUUUAUUUAUGUAAAU